GAGCCCCUUGUCCUUUUGUGGGAAAGCGUGGAAAUUUGCAGCAGUGUCUCAGUAUAAAUUCUGUGUCUGACUGACUGAGUAUGAGUUUAAAUUUCCUCUUCUUGAUGCAGUUAUACUUCAAGACCUGAUCUUGAAUAGCACAUGAUUCUUACAGUGAAGACACAUAUAGAAUCUUGCUUCAACAAUAUUGCAAGCUGGAACAGGAGAUGGGGCAGGUUGCUGAGGCAUGGCUUGAAUGCCAGAAAAGAUUAGAUGAUUAUGUUGAUGAACAGGUGGCAAUGAAAACAAAACAACACCUUCUUAAAGAAGACUGGGAAGUUUUUAAGCAGAGGCAUUUCAUAGAAGAGUUAAAUGGCAAGAAAGCAAUAUCUGGAGAAAAUAACUUCACAGAAACAAUGAGGCACCUGUUGUCAUCCCGGCUGAGCAUUUCUGAUUGUCCAAACUGCAAUUACAGGCGCAGAUGUACUUGUGAUGACUGCAGUCUUUCCCAUAUCCUGAUGUGUGGAAUUAUGGAUUCACCCGUUACGGAUGACCUCCAGAGCAACCACUUACCGCUACAAAUGGAUUCUGCUCCAGAUUAUUUUUCUGAAAUCCACGUUCCUAGUAUGUCUUCAGGAAGCUCAGGGUCCACAUCCACCUCCCCUUUUACCGUUCAGCAGAUAGACAGACCAAGACUCAUUGUAACAGACAACAACUCUGGGCCACCUUUUGUUAUUGAAAAUGAAGAUGUCACACCAGUAUCAGAAAAACUGGGUGAACUUUACUCCACUCAUCACUACGAUAAUGCUGACAUUGUAGGAAAUGUGAAUGGAAUCCACAAACAGUUUAAUGGUGUAGUCAAGAAUGUGACAUUAAAAUUUGAGUCUCCCCAGGGGAGUAGCAGUAGCAGCAAUUCGUCAGAAGCAGAUGCUGAAGAAGCAGAUGAGGAGAACGGGAGCAGUCUAGCAGGAAUUCAAGCGGGCGAUUUAUUGCUUGGAAGAAAUAUGAUAAGGAAGGACGAGGCUGAACGAGACGGCCCUUUGGCGUCAUACUCCGCUCUGCAGGCUAAUCUGGGACCCGCUUGUUGCGAGUGCCAUGCCUGCAGCCAGGAAGCCCCAGGCUCCUCUUCUCCGGGCCCCGAAGUACGAUCUCUUCCUGCCGGGCAUCAGUACGGAAUCCCAGAAAAGCCUGCCCACCCUGCUCUUCACCUGUACCCGCACAUCCACGGGCAACGGCCUGCUCACGCUGUUCCUCACGUGCCGCCUCCGCUCCUCCACCCCUCCUUAUACACAGCUUCCCCCUUUGCACAGAACAAGGCAUUGGUUCAGAAUCACGCCAACGAUCAGCACAUCCUCAGCACGUCAUUCCAAGAUUAUCUCUACCCAAGUGGUUUUGGAAGUCCUGCAGACCAGAAGAGCUCUAAAUUUCUAAGUAUUUGGGGGUCAGAAGUAAUGCAUGAGAAAGACCGAAAUGGCUCCACCUUUUUACAAGACACAUUUCCCGGGGGUGAUAUGGUCACAGCUCUGUCAGAACUGGGACCUAAUGUACUUCCUGUAACAUCUAGAAAUGAAGAAAUGACAAUAACUGAUAGCAAAAAGCAGGAAAAUACUUCAAAGAAAAAAUGCCUCUACCAUUUUCAAGACGCUUUUAUGGACCCUCACAAAGUGGUUAUGGCAACUUCCUCGGCAACCUCUUCGGUCUCGUGUACUGCCACCACAGUGCAGUCAAGCAGCAAUCAGUUUAAAGUUUCAUCUAAAAGAUCUUCCUCAACAGGUGACAUGUUCCACAAUAUCAGUUCCAAGGAUCACAGAUGUCCUAUGUCAGCCGCGUCGCAAAGAAAUUCCACCAGUGUAGCCCCGCUCUCGACGCUUUCCUCUGUGAUGCUUUCUUCUCCGUCUGCUGCUCAUCUCCCAAGCCCCAACGCACCGUCCUUCUCCAGAGUGAUCUCAACCGCUCCCUGCUUUGUGGAUCCCCAUCCAGGCCUUUGUCCCACAACAGUCACAUCACCUGCAGCCAAAGAGGAUGUGCUUAGUGCGCCAUCAAGUGUUUGCAGCGACCCUGACUGCGAGGGCAGCAGUCUGUGCGACCAGCAAAACGGCGACGGCGAGGACAGCCAGGACGAAGGGAGCUGCUCGGGGCAUAGCUCCUGCACCUCGGCGUCCACCGGCCAGAAAGAAGGGAAAUACUGCGACUGCUGCUACUGUGAAUUCUUUGGCCACGGAGGACCACCAGCAGCACCAACUAGUCGAAAUUAUGCUGAAAUGAGAGAAAAGCUUCGUUUGCGUUUAACAAAGCGGAAAGAAGGGCAACCCAGGAAACCAGAGCUGAGUUCCGAUAAGGAAAAUGUUGUCGAUCAUCGAAAAGUAGAAGAUCUGUUGCAAUUUAUAAACAGCCCUGAGGCAAAGCCUGUGAGCAGCACUCGGACAGCCAAGAGAGCAAGGCACAGGCAAAAGAGGUUAAAAGAAAAGGCCCACCUUGAAGCAGAUGCCAGAGAGCAGGAGACGCACCCGCUGCUGGAACAGCCGUGCCCGAAGGAGGAGGCUGCCCAGCAGCCGCGGGAGUCCCGAGCCGUGAAGAAAAAGAAGAAAGAGCGCGGGAGCACGAGCUGCCAGACUGCGCAAGUGCAUUCUCAGGAGUGUCAAGCAAUGAGAGAGCCUUUCCCGGGCGCCCCAGGAAGCAUCCAGAAGGAACUGCUGGACAAAAGAGAAGCCUCACCGGACUCCACGGCAAAACGCGCGAGCCACGGGGAGCCGGGGCCAGCUUCUGACGGCUUCUGCGAGCAGCCCAGUCCUGCCGACGGCAAAGACUCAAAGGGGCUCUUCAAGCCGGAGAAGCCGCAUGAGCCCCUUUCUUUGCUCCUUAACAUAAUGCAUCAUCAAACAGAAGAUAAAAACAAGCAGCAGAUAACGCAGAUAAGUAAGCUGUUUGCUCAACAGUUGAAAAAGCCUUCUAAAAUGACUUAUAUUCAGCCUAAUAUAAAAAAUAAAAUGCAAUCUAAACCUCAAGUGACGGAACUUCAGUCAUUUGCUGUCUCCAGAAAAGAGGAGAAAAAACUUACCGCUCAUAAAACAAAACAGCUGAAUUCUGUAACAAAAUCACCUUUCCGGAGAGGUUCCUUUUUUCCAAGUGAAGAGCUGCAUAAUGCACUGUUCUUGCAAGACUGCCCUCAGACGAAAGGCAAGAGCAAGAAAAGUAAGAAAAAGAAAAGUGGCAAAGGGAACUCGUCCAUUGAUGAUGUAUUUUUGCCCAAAGAUGUCGACCUAGAUAAUGUGGAAAUGGAUGCAACGGAGCGGGAAGUGGAGUAUUUUAAAAGGUUUUGCUUGGAUUCUGCCAGACAGACGAGGCAACGGCUGUCGAUCAACUGGUCCAAUUUUAGCUUGAAGAAAACCACACUUGCCGCCCAGUAGACGACGCGCGUGCCUGCGUGAGCACGCGCUGCCCUGCGCCAAGAGCCGCCACAGCCGUGAAGCAGCCUUAGCAGCGCUGUGUGGAACGUCACUGAGAAUUUAGCCUUUCCCUAGAUUAUUCUGGAAGAUUUCAAAAUGGCUGCUUUCUCCCUACAUUUGUUAGUUUUCGUAUUUGAAGUCUGUGAAUGGAACUUACUUGACUGUAGCCUGAAGUUGUCGGACUUGGAACAGUAGCAUGUUUCCGGUUUUGAGGGGGAAGCUUGUCCCUGAAGAUCCGAAGCACCUGCCUUGACACAACGCUCCUAAUUUGCCUCGGCUGCCGUGGCUUCGCCAUUUUGCUGUGAUUUGUCUUUCAUGCAGAGCGAUGGAUCCAGCCAACUCUGCUCUUACAGACUCCUCUGAACAAAGCGUCAUGGGAAAAUCAAUUCUCCCGGGCAGACAUUUACUUUCGUUUUUCACAAUCUACUGUUAAGAAUGUACAAGUUAUGCUAUUUGUGUUUGAUCCUUGAAUUAUAGCCAGCUUGUGUAAAGAAAAGUAUUUGCAGAAGGAAGUUUACCAAACAAGAGUGCUUGCAUAUUUAAUCAGUAAAAUUGUAUAACUGUAUUAACACUGAAGACUACUUGGCUAAUUUUUAACAUAUUGUUAAGUAAUAUUAAAAUCAUGCCUUUCUUGUUGAAAGACGGAAUACAUUAGUAAUCACAAAA